AAAGGAGAAGCUCCCACUGGGGACGGAGCUGCUGCUCGAGAGGAUCCCGCACCGCAUCCCUGCUCCGUGCUGGGGGCACCGCGCUCCCUGGGGACAUGGGUCCUGCUCUCCUGCUGCUGCUCACCACAGCCAGCACCUGGCACGGCUCAGCAUCCCUGGUGAUCAGUCCUGACGUCCCUGCUCUGGUUGUCAGCACAGGUGAUCCAGUCACCUUGCACUGCUCAGGGAAGUCCAAAGUUGAAUGGCAAACCAAAAAGGAUGUAUUCAGCAAUGACACCAGCAGCAUGCUCAGCAUUCCCAAGACCACUUACAGGGAUACAGGCACCUAUAUGUGUGCUUAUGUCAACAGCAGUGACAAGAGCAUUGCAACUGUGCAUCUGUUUGUGCGAGAUCCCAGUAACGUGUGGAACACCCUUGCUUUCCGGGUCGGUGUGACCAGGGGUGGUAACGCUGAGCUGCCCUGUCUCAUCACGGCCCCCGAGUAUGGAUCCAGUGUGACCCUGGUAAUGGAUGGUGGCUCUCACCUCCCACCCGGGACCAACUAUUCUUUCAGUGCCGAGAAAGGAAUGACGCUGUACAAUGUGCAAAGCAAGCAGAAGGGCUUUUACAGAUGCCAAGCAGUGAUAAAUGGGAAAAUUGAGAAGUCGCCAAGAAUAAGACUGCUUGUGGAAGAAGCUCUGGAGAAGCCUGUAUCAGUGAUGAUGGACCCUAUAGACCACGUGCGAAUUGUGGGCGAGCCUUUCAAAGUCACUUGCAGAAUAACUGCUCCUUCCCACAAGUACGAUGUCAGAUGGGUGACGGCAGCAAAGAACGUCUCGACAGCUCAGAACCGUAGCUUUGAGAAUGAGAACUACUUCAUCAGUGAUGUCCUGUCCGUUUCAGCGGUGUCCAUGGAAGACAGUGGGAAGUACACCUGCAUAGCUAACAACUCAGUAGGAGUCAGGAAUGCCUCCACAAUGCUUCGGGUAGUAGAGAGAGGUUACGUGUUCCUCACCCCUCUGCAAGCCACCAGCCAGGAGGUUGCUUUGGGAGAGAGUCUGAUGCUGCAGGUCCACAUUGAGGCUUACCCAAAACUUCUGCGCUGGGGCUGGGAGCACACAAACCCCCUGAAGAACACUGGGAGCACUCCAGUGCAGGGCCAGAUGAUGCCCGGAAACAACCGGUAUAACAACACGCUCUUCCUGAACCGCCUGCAGGAAGGAGAAGGAGGUCUCUAUACGUUUUAUGCCAUCAACAGUGAAACCAACGCAUCGAUUACCUUCAGUGUCUCUGUGAAAUCUCCUCCAAGGCUCUGCAAAAUCAAGGUGGCAGCCAAUGACUCCAGCAUCCUUCAGUGCAUGGCCAUCGGCUACCCUGCCCCACGCAUUGAGUGGUACCAGUGCCCCGUUCACUCUGACAAAUAUGAGGACUAUAGGCUGCUACUAAAUGACUCCAAUCCCCAAGUGGUGAACGUGUUGCCCUUCCGAGAGAUGGAGGUGGAGAGCAGCAUCCCCUUCCAGGAGCUGGGUGCCAACUUCACCUUCUGUUGUAUGGCCAUGAACAGAGAGGGGAACGCUUCUGACGUGUUUCACUCACUCACCAUCACCAGAAGUGUCAUGGCCCCCCCAAACAAACUCUUCAGCCCUGUUCUCUCCACCUGCAUCGGCACAUCUGUCCUGCUGCUCCUUUUCCUGCUCUUCCUCCUCUACAAGUACCACCAGAAACCCAAGUACCAGGUGCGGUGGAAGAUCAUUGAGGCCUGUGAAGGGAAUAACUACAUCUUUAUCGAUCCCACUCAGCUCCCAUACAAUGAGAAAUGGGAGUUCCCCAGGAAUAACCUCCAGUUUGGAAAAACUCUUGGAGCAGGAGCCUUUGGAAAAGUGGUAGAAGCCACUGCUUUUGGGCUGGGCAAAGAAGAUUCCGUCCUCAAAGUGGCUGUGAAGAUGCUAAAGUCAUCAGCAGACACGGACGAGCAGGAGGCUCUCAUGUCUGAGCUGAAGAUCAUGAGUCACUUGGGACACCAUGAGAACAUUGUCAACCUGCUGGGAGCAUGUACCUAUGGAGGCCCAAUCCUCGUCAUCACCGAGUACUGUCGCUAUGGGGAUCUGCUGAAUUUCCUCCGGAAGAAGGCUGAAUCCAUCAUUAUCCAGGAUUCCUCACUGGACAUCUCUUUAGAGAGUGCUGCUGAUUACAAAAACAUUGACCUAGAGAAGAAAUACAUCCGGAGUGACAGUGGCUUUUCGAGCCAGGGUUUGGAAAUGUAUGUUGAAAUGAAGCCUGUGUCGUCAUCAUCAUCUUCAGCAUCAUCAGAUUCUGCACAAGCCAGGGGGAAAAGCCCAGAGGAAGAAGAUGGAAGCAGGGAGGACCUCCGUCCCCUCAACCUCUCCGACCUCCUGCAGUUCUCCAGCCAAGUGGCCCAGGGCAUGGCGUUCCUCGCAUCAAAGAAUUGCAUUCACCGUGAUUUAGCAGCCAGGAAUGUGCUCAUAUCAGAUGGAAGGAUAGCCAAGAUCUGUGACUUUGGCCUGGCCCGGGAUAUCAUGAAUGACUCAAAUUAUGUUGUAAAAGGCAAUGCCCGCCUGCCCGUGAAGUGGAUGGCCCCAGAGAGCAUCUUUGACUGCAUUUACACAGUGCAGAGCGAUGUGUGGUCUUACGGCAUCCUUCUCUGGGAGAUCUUCUCCCUUGGUAAAAGUCCAUACCCUGGCAUGGUGGUGAACAGCAAGUUCUACAGCAUGGUGAAGCAGGGAUACCAGAUGGCCAGGCCUGACUUUGCUCCCUUGGAAAUGUACACCAUCAUGCAGGCGUGUUGGAGCCUGGAGCCCACAGAGAGACCUACCUUCGACCAGAUCGGCUGCUUCAUCCAGAAAGAACUGGAGGUGCAUAAGGAGCAGGACUACACCAACCUCCCCUCCACCACUGAGGAAGACAGUGGCUGUGAUACCUCUGGCUGCUGCGAGGAGUCCUGCGAGCAAGAGGAUAGUGGGCAGCCCCUUCUCAAGGGCAACAACUACCAGUUCUGUUAGCUGGUACCACCAUUGCCCCGGGUGGAUCCCAUCCUCCUGGAUCUGCAGAGCGCAUGGUGCUGCCCUGCCCUAGGACAAAGAUGACUUCAGCUUUGGCUCUCCUUCUUAAGUAUGAGUGUUACUGACUCCCUCACUGAAAUGACAGCGCUAGAGUGACUCAAAACCAAGACUCACCAUGGGGUCCCUGAGGCCUUACCUGAAGCGUAGCAUAGGUUGUGAGGAUGGGAACACUCUCCAUCUCUACAAGGUAAAGAGAGGUCCCUGGCACCUGCCUCCCCAUCCCCAGUGGGGCUGUGUGUGUUUUGGUUUUGUAGGGUUUUUCAAAUACUAGCUGCAGCCAAGUAACACAUACCCACAACUGA